AUGGAAACAAAACUCAACAAUGAGGAAGAGAAAAAAAGAAACAAAAAUAAAAUCCUGCUGUGCGGCCUGGUGUCAGGACUACUUACCAAAACGUUAUUUGCCCCCUUCGACCGCGUGAAGCUUUUUUACCAGAUACAGCCAAUGUUUCAACACUACUCUAGGGAGAGAGGCAAAGAGGAUUUAAAGAGCAAGAAGAAAAAACGCAUCAAGAGCAAGAGUUUCCUGUUAAGCGGUGUAGACCAAUCGGCAAGCAUACAAACAGGAACGGUCGAAUCGGUUUCACCGCGAAAGAGACAUGUGCACAACGAAAAUGUGCACUUCCGUAAUUUAAAAAACACCAUAAAUCAAAUAAUUCAUAAUAUUUUUAAAAAAAUUUUGCACACCUAUCAAAAUAGGACAAACAUAAAUAACGUAAGUAAUAAUUACCCCCUUUUAAACAUCAACACUAAUGUUAAACGCGCGUUGAGAAGCAAAAGCAUCUGCUUGAGCAGGACCACACUCAGUGCUCGCCAGUCAGUCAAAUAUCAAAGCAUUUUUCAAAGCUUCCUCUUUAUAAUGAAGGAAGAGGGCAUAUUGGGUCUGUGGAAGGGAAACUUAAUUAACACACUUCGAGGCGGAAUCGUCUAUUCAGCAAAAUUUGGAACAAAUGAUUUGAUAAAAGAAAAAUAUAAAAAAAAAAAAAAAGAUAACAGCGCUGCAGCAGACGUGUUCCCCAAAGGGUUAUCCACCAAAAAUGAUGCAAAAAACAAUAACCAAUUGAUGAGAAAAAAUUUUAAUUAUUACGAAAGUGUGAUAGCGGGCUAUGCAUCAGGGAUAAUACAAAAGACGCUGUCAUAUCCCCUAGAUUUACUAAGCAUCAGAGUAGCCCUAGGAAUAAAUGAAAAAUAUCUGAGGAAUAGCAGCUCCAUGGUUAAUCAAAAAAAAUCCAUCCUUGGCAUCAUUCGUGAAAUUAAUAGUAACGAAGGAUUUGCAGGAUUUUUCAAAGGAUAUUUACCAACCCUAUUAACAGGGGUACCUUAUGUAACAUUACAAAUGUUAUUUUUUGAUUUUUAUAAAAAUAUUUUUCAAAAUUAUUUUCCUCGCAAAUCAAAUUCGCUAAGUUCUGUGGCCAUAUAUUCCUCUGUCGCCGGAUCCCUCAGCAACCUCUCCUCGUUAAUAAUUGUCUUCCCAGGAGACACCGUUCGAAAGAGAAUGAUGAACAACGGAAUUGACAACAGAAAUUAUAUCUACAAAAAUACCAUUCAUUGUAUUAAAAAUAUUUACCACUGCGAAGGGGUCAGAAAUUUUUACUACGGUUUGUUUCCCUCCAUGCUCAAGUCCAUCCCCUCGGGCGCCAUACAGUUCAUGUCCUACGAAAUUUUGAAGCAUAUGAUGUCGCAGGCGUGA